AUGGCAAAGACCGAGUCGCCGGCACGCAGCCCGGCUAUGGGAGGAGUUGCCGAGUCAUCGUCGGCGCCUCUUCCGAAGCGCAGCGCGCCGCCGACAGAUACGACGGAAUCGGCUCCGCGCAUGAAGCGUGGGAAAUACACAUCGCUGGCCUGCAACGAGUGCAAGAGGCGAAAGCUCAAGUGCCUUCCGACGCAUGAUGGAGACAGCUGCGAGCGGUGCAUUGCCCGCAAGCUCAUGUGUAUUUUUGCCGUCAACUCGCCCAAGGGCGAUAAGAAACGAGAUGAAGGAAACCAGAUUCAGAUCCUCGGCGAUGAACUGGCGCAGGUCCGCCAUGAGCUCGCCAAUUUGUCCCAGGCCGUCUUUGAGCUCCGUCAGCACCGCUCGCCGCACGGUGGCGUCCAGGGCCUAACCUCUGCGUCACCGUCGAGCGUCCCCAACAGAGAUGCGGUCCCCAAGCACCCGCAAUUCAUUGGCCCAACCCGCCCCGCGUACGGCCUCAUGAUUGCCGAGCGCUCGCUCACGCGCAUGGGCAUACCGGACUCGCCCUCGUCGCCGUCAGGCAGCGGCGCGGCCUCCCCGGAGCCUCCGCAAGCCACCGCAGCGGACCUGUCGACCGCCUCCUCCGCCGCCGUCGCCGCCGCCGUAGCCACCGACGUCGAGUUCUGGGCGCAGUGCUCGCCCGCCGAGGCGGCGCGCCUCAUGGGUGUCUUUGAGGAGGAGGCCGAGUCAGUGUACCCGUACAUUGAAAUUCUCGAGCUGGCCGCCCGCUCGGAGCAGAUCCUGCGCAUCAUCCGCCAGCCGGAGUUGCUCGAGGACGAGGCCCUGGCCGGUGCGAGCACCGGACGCGCGCUCACGGCGACGGAUAUCGACCUCGCAAAGAUUGCGGUGGCGAUUGGAAUUGCCAUUGAGGCGCGCGGAAAGAAUGACUUGUGCGCCGCUAUUGCGGCGUCUGUGGAGCAGAACACGGCGCGCAUCUCGCAGAAAGAAGUGUCGCUCCGAGGCAUCCAACUCCUCAUCUCUCUAAGCAUCUACUACUUUCACAGCGAUGACGAGCUGCUGGCCUGGCGGACGAUUGGCGUCGCUGCUCGCGAGGCUCUGGAAAUGGGCCUCCACCGCAAAAGAAGCUUGUACGACAACUUUGCGGAUCCAGCAUCACGGCAAAGAGCGCUACGAGUAUUCUGCUGCUGCUAUAUCCUGGAUCGUAGAUGGAGCUUCGGCACCAGCCUCUCGUUUGCUCUGGUAGACAGUGAUAUCGACCCUACACUACUCGAACUCGAACUCGACUCGCCAUAUCUCAAGUGCAUGGUAGGCUACGCUCAGCUGUGCUCCAAGCUAUGGGCAGCCAUUCCUCCGUUUGGCGCGCCUAGCCAGUCCAUCCCUCACGAGCUCGCCUACGCGCUCGACGCGGCAGCGCUCGACUGGCUCGACUCGAUCCCGCCGCACCUGCAGAUGCGGCACUACCCGCGCGGCAGUGGCAGCUCCGGCGGCAACUCCGGACCAUACCCAACAUCACUCCGCACGCAGCAGCACCCCCAGCAGCAGCCGCGCGUGCUGCACCGCCUGCGCGCGCUGCUCUACCUCCGCGGCAACCUCACCCGCAUCUCCAUCUACCAGCACCACCUCAUCAGCCCGGCCUCCGUGGCCGCUGACCCGGACCGCGCGCGCGUCGCCGUCGACCUUGCCCGCGACACGGUGCAGGUACUCGUGCACCUCAACGCCACGUCGGACAUUUACUCGCGCCAGCAAAACGCCUUCAACUACUUCUUGGCGAGCGCCUUUGCCGUCAUCUCGCUCGCGCUGUGCCACGCACCGCACAUUUUUGCCGCACCCUGCACGCAGAGCUUCAUGGACGCGGCCGGCCUCGUAAAGGGCUUUAGCCGCCACAGCAUGGCGAGCAAGCGUCUGUGGAAGAGCAUUCGCGGGCUGUCGCCGCGGCUCAAGAGCCUGGGCGUGGGCGGCGGUAAUAGCGGCGGCAAGGAGCAACAGCAGCAGCAACAACAGCAGCAGCAUCAGCAGCAACAGCAACAGCAACAGCAACAGCAACAGCAACAGCAGCAAAUGGGGCCGGGUGGAGCUAUAGGUAGAGGAGCCAUGGUCGGUGUUGAACCCGGAUCGGCUCGUUGGCGUGGCUAUGGCCAAAUGUACGCCGGCGACGGGCGGCAAGCGCCCGGCGGUGGCCAGUCGGCACCAGCGUCCGAUAGUCUGUGGAACUAUAGCCUGAAGCAGCCCGUCGCGAGCGCGGGGCAGUCAGUCUCUAGCAACAAGAACACCACCACUAACAGUAACAACAACAACAACAACAACAACAACAACAACAACAACACGGAGCCGCUGCCGGGCAUGAAUCCAGAUAUUCUCAGCUUGUUUGACUCGUUGGGAGACGAGGCCAUGUUUAGCAGCGGCAGCUUCGACCCCAGUGUAUACGGAGGCAUGGAGGAUGGCGAGGGUGGCGACAUUUCCCGGCUUUUUCUUCAAGGACUCAUGUAG